AUGUCUACGCUUGUAUUUGCGUUGGGAGAGUAUGUACAUGGGAAUCAGUCUCGUUGGAUACUCCUGUGUCUCUGCUCUACCCUACUGUGCUUAUACAUCACCUUCAUCAUCAUCAUUACAUUGGAUGGGUAUCCUGACGUCUCGGAGGUCGACAUCGGCCUCUGUGGAUUCCUUUCCGGUCUCCUUCAAUUCUUCUUCAUCUCAUCCCUAGCUUGGAUAGGCUUGGAGAGUCUCGACAUCUACUUCUCUGUAUCCAGUUCCAGCAUUCCGCGCUUCAUGGUCAAAGCUGGACUUGUAGCAUGGGGUAUUCCCGGACUGAUAGUCAUCCUGACUGGUGCAGUUGCUCGAAGGAACUAUGUAACAUCGGACUACUGCUUCCUUCAGUUUUGGCCAUCGGUUUGCGGUCUUCUCAUACCAGCUUUGCUAAUCAUCCUCUUCACACUCGUCACGUUCACCCUCUCUGUGUAUCAGCUGAAGCGAUCUGGGGAGUUAGUCAUCAAACAGGGUGAUAAUACUUCACCGCGAGGAAGGGUCAUUGGACGUCUCAAGGAUGUCUUCUGCAUCUCCACCUUGAUCAUCAUGUCUUGGGUCGUGGGAUACAUUAACCUGAUCGAACCUACUGUCUUUGGGAUCCAGGUUCUCUUCAUCACUCUGAACUUCCUCCAAGGCUUCUUCUUUCUUAUCCUCUACUGCAGCUUUCGGUCUGUGCCCUUGUGGCAGACGAUUCCCUGUCUUCGGUCAUGUCAAGAAGAACAGGCCGUACCUUACGGAAAUAUGCGAGAGGACACUCCAUCCGAUGGCGGCCGUACGCCAGCAUCACCUGCUAAUAAUAAAGACACGGGCAACCAAGUAUUUCAGAGUGAAGUCCAAACAACGAGUCUUUCACUUUGAUGAGAUAGGCAUCCACGCUGCUGUAGAAAAAGGACUACUCCUGAAGACGGACAGUCAACCUGUCCGAAACGUCGAGUCUCUCUACUAAUCAUCUCUACUCGCCGA